CUGGGUUUUAAAUGGAGAGAUCACAGACAGACGGCACCAAGAUCUUGAUCUGUCACGUGAUUCUCCCGGACGACGAGUUGUUUUGUUAUGGCGGAGAAUCAAAGAAUGUAAAUCUAGACGAACACUAAAGUCAAAAGCGACAUGGAUUAAUUGAAGUAUUGUUUAAAUAAUAUGUACAGUUAUUAGUCUCGUAUUUUUGUAGAAUACUCCGAGAAACUUAACAUGAGCCACAUUGACCAGGGACCUUUGUCCCAUUACAACAGUCUUGUAGACAGUAAUUUGUCAGGAUAUUUCACCAGUACUCGGAUGCGCAGGCAUUUAAUAAAAGCUGGCUUGAUCAAUCGAGAUGGUCACAUAGUCUCAGAGAAUACUUACAGAUUGAACAUGUGUCGUAGGGAGCACAAGCAGCAUGUGAAGGAAAUGCUGGCACAGGCCAUUGUUCACAAGACACUUGACCUGGAGAGAAUGAGGCAGGCUGAGAUUAGGAAAAAACUGGAAGAAAUAGCCAAGAUAGAAUUAGUCAGAAGAGUUAGGAUGUCAAGGGAACGAAAACGAGAUACAGAUAUUCUCCCAUACAUUAGCCCUCGAUCAGAGUCUAGGAAGAGGGCCAAGUCAAACCCAAGUAGCAGUGAGAGUUACAAGAACAGAUCAACUAGCGCCCCAUCAAAGCACAAAACCAGACCUGUCUCUUCUUUAUCCUCCAACUAUGAUGAGGAUGAUGAAGAUGAGGUUGAAUACCUGGAUGAUAAUGGACAGCCCAUUGCUAAACAUUCAGCUAGAUCUAGAGAAUCUUUAGAUACCAGGCAGUUGUAUGGAUUAGAUAGUGCAGCUUUAAGAAAGUAUGCUAUGGAGGUGGCUAAGCUGAAUCAGAGAAAGCCUCAUGAGUCUCCUUACCUAAUGCCUCAAGUGCCUCUCCCUCCCAAGUCUCCAAGGAGUGAACGAAUGCCUCGCAGUUCUCGACGAUACAGAAAUGCUUUAGAGCAAAGCAAUGGCUCCUCUCCUAAAAGGCCAUUUACAGCAAAUCCCACCUACUUACACCCAGCCAGCCCCACCCGUAGACACAUCCUCUACCAGCCGCUGAAUAGCAACUGUUUAGUUGAGCUUAAGUACCUUGGGAGCAAGCUCCACCUUGCCAGGGAACAGUUUGACAAGAGGCAGGAGAUCCUGGUGGAGCAGCAGCACUGUGGAGGCAAUACUUUGAUUGUGUUUAAGGAUAAACUGGAAGCUGGACAAAUUUUUUCCUUCAACUCACAUCGACACAGAGGUUACCCAUUUGCUUUGACUAUUUACAUUGAUGGUAAAGCUGACUGCCGUGUCAGCACCUGCUGUGAGUACCGCCACCAGGGAUACAAGCUCUUUGGUAAAAAUGGACAUUUCACUUUCUACAAAGUUUCCAAUGCUUCUCCAUGCUACAAAUGCAGGGUAGAAAAGAGUCUGAAGAAAAAGGGCACAAAGACACAGGCAGUGAAAGCCAAGACGUCAGAAAAGGAAGAUGAAGGCUUUGAUGAAGUUGAUCAAGGCCAAGAAGAGCAACCUAUGUCACCAAAACAGGAAAAAGAAGAUGAAAAGAAGAAUCAUCCCAUAAUUCCUGUAGAACAUGACGUGAAAGCUAGCAGUACAUACGAUGAUGAUGAUUUUGAAUCAAGCAGUCAGAGUAGUCAUAGUAGUCGCAGCAGAAGCAGUAGUCGUAGCAGCAGCAGAAGUCGUAGCAGCAGCAGAAGUUCAAGGUCAGGCUCAGAUGAGGAAGCACCCAACCAAGGAGUACAACAGCAGUCACCUAAAAUUGAAAAUGCCAAGAAAGUCGAUAAAGACCAAAGAAAGAAAGAAGAAGGAGUCAAGGAAACUGUGCAAGAAGUGGAAACUAAAGAUGAAGUUUCAUCAAAACCUUUGUCAAUGAAGUAUAGUGACACUAGUGACAGUAGCAGUGAGGCCAGUGACACAGAGGAGAAAUCUAAACAGACUUCUAAGAGCUCUGCCCCUGUAGCAGCACCACAGAUAGUUGAAGUGAAACAUGAAGAAAGUGACAAUGAAGGUAAGGACUCCCCAGUUGUGGUAAAGAAAACAUCUUUAACAGAAUCUACUUCAAGUCUGUCUGGAUCUUCAGACUCAUCGUCAUCCUCCUCAGAAGAUUCAGACAGUGAGCAUUCCGGCUCCACAAAGUCACCAAGAGAGGUUACCCCUGUUAAGAAGUUGAAAGAGGAAUCAGAAACAAAGAAGGAAAAAGAACAGCAUGUCACUGAGCCUGUGACAUUUACCUUUGAGCAUUCCACUGGUGAGAAAAAGGUUGAGACCAAGGACUCUCAAGCGCCCGCAUUUCAUUCCCCACCAGCUCAUGACACACACCUUGAGAAUGAAUCCAGACUGAAACACAAUGAAGAGGCAAAGCCUUCAACCUCAAUCACUCAGAGUUCCACAAUGCCAGAAGUGAAGAUGGAAGAUGUGAGACGAGAGAGGAGGAGCUCCACUGCCUCCACAGCAUCAGCCUCAUCCUCAACCAUUUCUUCUUCAGGGUCUUUUUCAUCCUCUUCCUCAUCAAGCAGUGAGGAUUCGAAAUCAGAGAACCAAACAUCUAGGUCAAGGGCAGAUGGUAAUCCACCUCAAGAGGAGCCUGUAAUAGAAAGUGCACAAGCAAAGAAUUCUUUUGAGUUUGCUGAGAAGAUUAAAAUCAAAGAAACAGAAGACACUUCCAGGAUGGAGGAAAAAAUUGAUGUGACUGUUGCCAUAGAAACUGUUCCACAACCAGAAACGAAGGGAGAUGAUCCUGUACAGAGAAGGAAUUCUGAUGUGUCUGUUUCCUCUCUGGACUCUUCAUCCUCCUCCUCUGUUUCCUCUUCAUCUACGGAGGGCUCACUGGUCAUUAAAGAUGAAGGGGGCGCUCUAGUCCUAGAAGAUGAAAAGGUUUUACUGGUACAGAAAGAUGGAGGAGAUGUUCAGGUAACUGAAGGUAAUGCUGGUGUCAAGCAAUCAGAUCAAACGAUUCAUCGGAAAGCAAUGGAAAAUAUUGAUGAAAUCCAAGAAAGCCUCUCAGAAUCUGGUUCUAAAGAAAGUCAGAUCCUUGAUAACUCUGAAAAACCUAAAGAUGACAUUGAGCUUGUGAAUGUUCCUUCUAUUCAGCGUGUAGUUGCACCUAUCACCAUGACUGAUAAUGAAAUUAAGGAGAUUGAAGAAACAAAUGAAUCAGAAGAUAGUUCAUCCAGUGACAGUGAAUCUGACAGUAGCAGCAGUAGUGAAAGUAGUGGUAGCCAGAAAGGUAGCAGGCCAGGUAGCAGUGCAUCAAACAAAAGUAACGAAGAGAAAGACAAACUGAAACUGGCACUCUCUCCAGUCAUCACCAUACAACAUGCAGAUACUUACAGUUCAAAGCCAUCUGAAAGUCUGGAGCAAACCAAUCCAUCCCCAGCACCAUAUGAAGUACCACAGCCACCAACAAGCUCCCAUGUACAUGAUACAAAGUUUGACAAAGAGGAUGAACUCAAGCAGAGUGAAGUGGAUAAGACAUCUCAAACACUUAUUAAUGAUACUAAUGAAGACAGUGUGACAUCCGACAGUCAAACCAAUGCGCCAGUACACUUUGUGAGGUCCCAUCCACCAGAGCCCAGGGAGGGCAGCAUUCUGUAUGAACUAGAGAAGGGUCAUCAGAUAGUGGACCUCAAGAACAUUAAACUAAACAAACUUCAGAUUCAGGAAGCUGUAGAAUUUCUCAAGGCGAAGCAAUCCAUGAGUCAACUAAGUCUGGUCAACUGUGACCUGCAUGAUCAGGACAUUCAGAUGUUAAAAGAUGCUGUAAUAGCCUCUCCGUCCAAACCUGUGGUAUUGAACUUGAGUGAAAAUCUGUUGACGUCUGCUUGUGUCCCACACAUACUGGAUCUUGUGAAAAGAAAACCGUCCAUAGAAGCUGUCUUACUUACAGGUUCUAACUUAGGAGAUAAUGGAGUGAAACAGUUAGUGGAUGGUCUACUGGAGCAAUACAAGGACUCAUUCCAAGUUGAUGGCGAAGACGUACAAAGUGGGGAAGAUGGCAGCAAAGGUCUGUGUGAACUGGAUCUUGCCAACUGUAAUAUCGGGGAUGAAGGUAUAGAAGCCCUUGGCAGUCUGAUUCGCUCUGGGAUGGCCAUAGACACACUGAACCUGUCUUUAAACACAGCUGUAACUCAGAAGGGCUGGGUAAGUUUUGCCCAGGCCCUGUCUAAGGCCAAAGUCCUUGAGACUCUGGCGCUGGACAAUAAUGACAUAGGAAAUGAAGGCUUGGAGGAGAUUGCCCGCAGCUUGUAUGACAACUCCUCCCUGGCGGCACUGGACCUGAACAACAUCCACAUAACAGACAAGGGAGGUAAAUAUCUGGUCGAGCUCCUGAAAAGAAACACUUUUAUCCUGGAAAUCAACCUGCAAGAGAAUUCUCUUUCAAAUCAACUGGUAGAAGAUAUUAACAAAUACAUCUCUCUAAAUAAAUCUAUUAAUAAGGACUAAUUGGUAGCUUUAAUAAUUAGUUGCUACUAUUUUAUGUUAUAUUUAUUUUUAAUGUUUACCACCUGGUAAGACAAUAAGUUAGCUCCCUUGCAAUGUUUAACUUUCAUAAAUAUGCACAUAUAUAAGUAUUGCUUUUAUAUAGACUGAUAUAUUGUGUUAACAUAGAAAUGCACAAAACUAAAGUAAGGUUUUGUUUGACAUAAGUUAAGCAGUUAUAAUAAAGUGAAGUGUUUUUAUAUAGGUCAAUGUUUUAUAUAAACUUUUUUUUUCCUAUUGCUGCUUGUAACUAGACAUAGAAAAUUGUUACUUUCAGUCUGUCUGUACCAUGUUUCUCAACCAAGCAGGACUUGUUAAGUUAGUAAAAUAUCCCUUUUAGACCAUGCGAUCUAUAGGGCAGAUAAUGUUAAGGUCUGAACCUGGAGUCCUGGGCUCGAAUCUCGAUGGAGAUUGGGAUUUUGUAACUUCUGGAUUUUUAGGGCGCCCCUGAGUCCACCCAACUUUAAUUUGUACCUGACUUUAGUUAGGGGAAAGAAAAGGCGUUUAGUCGUUGCACUGGUCAUAUGACACCCUGCUUGUUAACUCUCGGCCAAGAAAUAGAUGACCUUAAAAAGCAUGACUUGGGUGAACCUUUUAUUUCUUCCUGUUCACACAUAUUUAAUAGUUGUUUUUUUUCUGCCCUAAUUAAAGUUAGUUUUGAGAAUCCUUAACCUGUUUGCCAAGUGCCAUGAGGCGGCUGGAUUGAGAACCACUAGUUCAAAUCUUUUACUUCCACUUUUAAGUUCUUGGAAUUCUGUCAAUCAAACCUCACUGGACUGUGUAAGUCUGAGUCCCAUGUAGACAACCUCCAGUCAUGUAACCAGGGUUAGAGUCAUGUUGUAAACCUAGUGUUUGCUCUAAGUGAGGUCAGUUUUGCAAUCUUAUUUUAUGUUCCAUUAUUGUCUAUAUAUACAUCCUAUGAACAAGUUUAUUUAUAUAAUGUAUUUUUGGGCAGAAUUUCUUAUGCUUUGCAGAUAUGCAAUAUUAUAACUCCAACAGAAUACAUGAUAACAUGAUAGAGCAAUACAUUAUCAAAUUUACAACUUUUAAUGAAGUUUUAAUGCUACAGGGUAUAUGUGAAAGCAUUAUUUUUUGUAAUGUAUUCUUUCUUGAAUGAACCCAAAAAUCAUUUUGCAAGUCUACAUGAUAGAAAAUGUAUAUUGUUAUACUUUUACUAUUGGUGGGAAGCUUGGUCGAAAGGCUAAGUGCGCUUGAACUUGGCUUGUCUUGACCUAGAAGGGGGCUCGAGGUUCGACACCCGACUCGGGCAGAGUUGCGUUUACUGAGCGCCUAAGGGCAGCACGGAAAACCAACUCCUAGAUACCCCCUCCCCCCCACUGGUCCAAAAAUGAGAUUGGACCAAAGCGCUCUGAGCAUGCUAUAAGCAUGAAAGUAGCGCUAUAUAAAAGCUAUAAUAAUACUUUUUACUAAAACUUGAACAAAUGAAUUUCAAAACAAACAGAAAUAUUCUGAAUUUGUUUUUCACAAUUUGCCUUCAAAUCAAUAUCUCUUAAUGAUCCUGAGAGCCUGAGAAGAAAAAGUAUGAUCAUUGAAUGGUCCAGCUACCUUGGCACAUUGUACUUUUAUUUUUGAAAUCCUGUGAUAAGAUUUGAAAUGUCAAUCAAAACUGUUCUGAAACCAAAGCCAUUGUUUGUGCCACAUUGUUGUGGGUAUGACUCUAUUUAAAUCAUCCACUUUUUUUUUUCAUGUUUAAUGGUUAUUAUUAAUUAAUAUUUAAAUUAUUUCUGUCUCAGUGUUUUAUUCAAAUAUUUUCUUACAUUAUAAUUGGAUAUCAUUUCUUUUGUACGACUAAUCCUGAUUGGGCAGUAUGGCGUAAUGCCUCAUAGCCUCCAUGUAAGUCGAGGGACUGUCCAGAUACAUCCCCUGUUAGUUCCUGGAGUGCUUAAAGACACCAGAAUUUAUCAGUUAGAAUCUUAUGAUUGACAAACAUUUGUUUUAAAGCAUUUUUUUGUUUCAGAUGAGGUGGUGGGGAUAUAUGUAUACCUUAGUAUUUAUACACACGUUUUUUAAAUACAUUUUUUUUAUUGAUAUAUCUUUGUCACUUUGAUAAAAUCAAAAUGCAUAAAGGAAACUACAUUUAAAUAAGACACUCUUUUAUAGAAGGAUGAAAUGGUUCUGGGGCAAGGUACUUUCAUAGACAAAUAUAUAUAGGUUUGUGGGGACACUAUUCCUUCAACUUUUGCAGUUUUACUUUCCCUGUCAUUUUGAAGUUACUCUCUUAAUAAAAAAAUUCUACCCUGAAAUUUAAAGCAGAAAUUCCCUUAAGACAUCACUAUUGAGAAGCAUAUUAAAAUAGUUCUGAAAUUUCCAAUCAUUUCAAGUUCAGAGAGAUGAUUUUUUUGUUCUCUUUUCAAUCUUCUGUUAAUGCAAUGCUUUGGUCUAAAAAAAUAAAUAAAUAAAAGGUCCCAUAUUUUAAUCUUGAAUCCCUCUGACUUUAUUAUUUAUACCACUUGUGACACAUGAUUGUUGCUUUCUAUUCACAUAGAAUUGAGUUUCUUUGUGGGUUUGAAAUCUGUCCAUUUGUUAUUGUUUUUUUUUUCAACUUGUUCAAUUUUAUUAUCUGUGAUAAUGUCUUAGUUACAUAGUCAGAGUAAACAAACAAAGCUA